CAAAUCCACCAUCAUACAAAUUCCCAACUCUUUGCAACAAGUCCAAGCUUCGCCCUCAGCAGAAAUCAUGCGUUUCACCGCCUCCACAGUCGUCUCUUUCCUCACUGCCCUUUCCAGCGCCGCCCCUGCGGUUCUCGAACCCCGCCAAGGUGGUGAAUACUACGCCGUCGGGAACCAAUACAGUUCAGGCGGCUGUCUUGCGAGCUCGCUCAUUUUUGCGGACCCGAUAUACGUGAAGAAUGGAUGUGUGGCGCUCAAUCGUUUCGGCACGUCUCCGUCCAUCGUUUCUUAUACAUUGAUUGGCGAGAAUGCAGGAUGUAGUGUCAAACUGUAUACCGAUGAUACUUGCACCAGCCCGGCCUUUUCAGCUCCAGUUGGGGGUUGUGUCCAGGGGGGCUCGCCAUUUCAUGAGAUUUUCGGCUGA